AUGACGACGACGACGACGGCGCGGACGCGCGCGGGACGAGGGACGCGAGCGACGCGGACGGCGCGGACGACGCGCGUCGUGCGGUUCGUCGCGACGCGGGCGACGCGGGACGGCGUCGCGCGGGCGUCGAGCGCGAAGACGAACGUGCUCGUCGUGGGGGGGGGGGGGAGGGAGCACGCGCUGUGCUGGAGGUUGGCGUCGAGCGCGAGCGCGGGGACGCUGUAUUGCGCGCCGGGAAACGCGGGGAUCGCGCGCGAGCGCGGCGUGGAGACGGUGACGCUGAAUGAGAGCGAUCACGCGGCGGUGGUGGGGUUCUGUCGAGAGCGAUCGAUCGGGCUGGUGGUGGUCGGACCCGAGGCGCCGCUCGUGGACGGGUUGGCGGACGCGCUCGCGGCGGCGGGCGUGCCGGUGUUCGGGCCGAGCAAGAGCGCGGCGCGGUUGGAGGGAUCGAAGGCGUUUAUGAAGGAUUUGUGCGCCAAGUAUAAGAUUCCGACCGCGGAGUACGCCAAGUUUACGGACGCGGCGAAGGCGAAGGCGUACAUCGAGUCCAAGGGCGCGCCCAUCGUCGUCAAGACGGAUGGCUUAGCCGCGGGUAAGGGCGUGAUCGUGGCCAUGGAGAUCGAAGACGCGUUGAACGCGGUCGAUGAUAUGCUUUCGGGCGCCAUGUUCGGCAGCGCCGGCGAGGAAAUCGUCGUGGAGGAGUUUUUGGACGGCGAGGAGGCGUCCUUUUUCGCCGUCGUCGGCGGCGGCAAAGCCGUGGCGCUGGCGAGCGCGCAAGACCACAAGCGCGUGGGCGACGGCGAUACCGGCUUGAACACGGGUGGUAUGGGUGCGUACUCUCCCGCUCCCGUCGUCACGCCCGAGAUCACGGACGUGGUGAUGCGAGACAUCAUCAAGCCGACGGUGGACGGCAUGGCUGCCGAAGGGUGCCCGUUCACGGGUGUCAUUUUCGCCGGAUUGAUGAUCUCCAAGGAUGGCACGGUGAAACUUUUGGAGCACAACAUCAGAUUCGGUGAUCCCGAGUGCCAAGUUUUGAUGGCGCGACUCACGAGCGACCUGACGGCGCUCCUUCUCGCCGCCGCCACGGGGACGCUCGAAAACGCCGAGGUGACGUGGUCCGACGACUCCGCCGUCGUCGUCGUCAUGGCUGCCGAAGGCUAUCCGGGCUCGUACGCCAAGGGCGAAAAAAUCACCAACCUCGACGCCGCGGGCGCGAUCGACGGGGUGAAAGUCCUUCACGCCGGCACCGCUUCCGACGCCGACGGCGACGUCGUCUCCAGCGGCGGACGCGUCCUCGGCGUCACCGCCUACGGAUCCUCCAUCACCGAAGCCGCCGAGCGCGCGUACGAGGCCGUGGACGUCAUCGAAUGGCCGGGCGGUUUCACUCGCAGAGACAUCGGCUGGCGCGCCAUCGCCCGCGAAAAGGCUCGAUAA